AUGCUCCCGCGACAGGCGGCGUCGCUAUCGCGCGCCUACAACGUCACAUCUAGACCUUCUCUCUUAUGCAGAAGACUGCCUCCAACUUCAAACUACCAACUCCGCACAUCCUUCAGCAAUGGCAGCCCGGCAAUUGCGUCGAAACGCGCCGGUUCAGCAUCCCUACACCCACCCCAAGUGAAUAAGAGCAGCUCAGCAUUAAUACGCGGGGUAUCAACAAAACCUCUCCCAGCACCAAAGUCACGGCUCCUUCGGUAUGCCUAUCGCACGGCAGCAGUCCUCGGCACAUUCGUAGCUGUCUCGGGCGGUCUCGUCGUCGCAUUUUUCAUCUACGACGCAACCACAUACAACGACGAGCCCAUCGCGACCGACAUCCCCGUAUCACAGCUCGCCCUGACUCCACGGAGAGGCGGACCGAAGAACUUGCCCAUCGCCGACCACUUCGUCGACGAUGACGACUGCGCAGACAACAAGGAAGUCAAGCACAAGCCAAAGCUGGUUAUACUGGGCACAGGAUGGGGAAGCGUGGCGCUGUUGAAGCAGUUGAACCCCAAGGAAUACCACGUUACCGUCAUCUCGCCGUCGAAUACCUUCCUGUUCACGCCUAUGCUGCCGUCUGCGACUGUGGGCACGCUGGAACUGAGGUCGCUGGUCGAACCUGUACGCAAGAUCGUCAGAAGGGUACAUGGUCACUUUUUGAAGGCAAAGGCUGAAGAUGUCGAGUUCUCCGAGAAGCUGAUUGAGUGCUCGGCGGUGGAUGCGCACGGCAAGGAACAGCGCUUCUAUGUGCCAUACGACAAGCUAGUCGUGGGUGUGGGCUCCGUCACCAACCCUCACGGCGUCAGCGGUCUUGAGCACUGCCACUUUCUCAAAGACAUCAGCGACGCUAGGACCAUCCGCAAUGCCGUCGUCCGCAACCUCGAGACUGCCUGUCUACCUACCACAGAUGACGAGGAGAGGCGGAGACUGCUGUCUUUUGUGGUCUGUGGUGGAGGACCGACUGGAGUUGAAUUCGCCGCCGAACUGUUCGACAUGCUGAAUGAGGAUUUGUGCAAGCUUUUCCCUCGACUCCUGCGAAACGAAAUCUCCGUACACGUUAUCCAGUCGAGAAGCCACAUCCUCAAUACAUACGACGAGGCGCUCUCACAGUACGCGGAACAGCGCUUUGCACACGAUUCGAUCGAUAUUCAGACAAACUCCCGCGUGAAGGAGGUCAAGUCGGACAGGAUCUUGUUCUCGCAAAAGGAUGAAGAUGGCAAGGUCAUCACCAAAGAGAUCCCCAUGGGCUUCUGUCUUUGGUCGACGGGCGUUGCACAGACAGACUUUUGCAAGCGUCUCGCAGCGAAACUUGACGGGCAGAACAACAAGCAUGCUCUCGAAACCGAUACUCACCUUCGUCUGAGCGGCUCACCUCUCGGCGACGUUUACGCCAUCGGCGACUGCGCAACUGUACAAAACAACGUCUCAGACCAUAUUGUCAACUUCCUCCGCACAACCGCGUGGGAGAAAGGCAAGGACCCGGAGAAACUGCAAAUCUCUUACGCAGACUGGCGCGGUAUUGCAAAGCGCGUCAAGCAGCGCUUCCCACAAGCCGCCAACCACUUGCGCCGUCUUGACAAGCUGUUUGAGCAAUACGACACCGACAAAUCCGGCACCCUAGACUUCGGCGAGCUUAGAGAACUCCUGCACCAAAUCGACAGCAAACUAACCUCCCUGCCCGCCACCGCCCAACGCGCAAACCAACAGGGCCAAUACCUCGGAAGGAAAUUCAACAAGAUUGCUCAAGCGGCGCCGGGCAUGGCGCUCAAUGACGUGGACUACGGCGAUAUUGACGACGCGGUUUACAAGGCAUUUGAGUACCAUCAUCUCGGUAGUUUGGCAUAUGUAGGCAACGCGGCAAUUUUUGACUACAAUGGGUAUGGACUUAGUGGAGGGCUGUUGGCGGUGUAUCUCUGGCGAGGAGUGUAUUUCGCGCAGAGCGUGAGUUUCAGGACGAGGGCGCUUUUGGCCAUGGAUUGGACAAAACGGGCGCUCUUUGGACGUGAUUUGAUGAACUUUUAGAUGCGCGCGCUUGGCUGCAUAGCAUAGCAAUUGGGCGGCUGGUCGAUCUUCCUCAAGGCGAACACCUAGACAACUUUUUCCAUUUGUUCCAUUUCAGCGGUUCUGUAGACAGCACUAUUGAAGCUACUCAGUAGCCAAAUGUACAUUAGACUUGUCGAUGUCUGCAGCUUUACCCAUACCAUUAGAAUUGUUCUCUUUCUCAC